UGUGCACCGGCUGUCUCACAAAAAAGCCAAUCGAUUUUACGUCACUCCCAGAGGAAUUCGUAUUGUCGUUGAUAUCAGAUACGUCACAAAACAAAUUCAAUCGACGUUUUAGCGCCACUAACUGCUUUCGUCUAUGCGAUUUUUGUUAUUUGGAUAUUGAUCCAGAUCGCGUGAUGCAUAAUGAAGAGCAUGACGGCGGAUUCUCUAUUAACUAUAAAUCAUCACCGUCCUCAUCUCCAAAGAGCUCUAGCUUAAUCUAUAAUCAUGAUGAGAUUGAUGCGGUGGAAAUAUGA